AUGUCGGGACCUCCUGUCACUUACUCCUCGCGCUGCGGUGCCAAGCGUCGGCCCAUCGAACCCAUCGCUAGCUUUCUUGCCACUUUUACUCAUGAAUUGCUCGCUUACGCCGCCGCCCGCGACCCUUACGUCAACUCCAUUCUUGCUCACUGGUACGACCUGCAAAGGGCGCGCGUCGUCAACUUUAGUCAAUACUCUCAAAAGGCUGAGUACCUCCUCGAUACCAAGUACGCGCUUCUUUCAGGCUCAAAGGCGUAUGAGAAGGCUUUCGAUGUGGUGUCCGACAUCGGCAAGAUGUUCGACAAGAUCCUGAAGGCUGUCAAGAAGGAGGCCGGAGAAUACGAAGGCUGUUCGUGCGGAACCAGAAAGAACGCAGUCUUUACCAUGGUCGAGAUCAUGGUUUGCAUGGUUACGGCGCCGAUGGACGAGAUCGGCCAUCAGGCGAGGAACGGCGAUUGCGUGCCGUCCGAGAUGGAAGAGAAGCUGUUUCAGAUGAUGGGCUACUUUGACGGGGAAGGGCUGACGCACUUGGAUUCGGAGGGCUUGACGGAUAAGGUCUGGGAGUUUAUCAAGGAGCAUGAGGGCUAUUCCAUGUAUGAGAGGUUGAACGAGGUGGUGGACAUAUUGGAAGGUGACGAUGAGGAGCGAGGCGUGGAUGGCGAGCAAGGAGGGCAAGGAGAGGAGGAAGGCGAGGCAGAGUAA